AUGAGCAGCAACCAGCCGUGGUACGCUGGCCGCCACGACGCGUCUAACCAACAUGCGUCCCCCGCAGUGCUCGAAUCCCAGCGCAUAUAUGCACAUUACCCCAUUGCCGCAGGCGUGCCCACUCACCAUGUCGCGCGGCAUAUCAAUACCCUGACGGGUCCAGCGCACCCGCCUUCUUUUGCGCAGCCCGAGCUGUAUGCGCCGCAGGGCAAUCCGCCCCCGUAUUCUGAGUACGCGCCGGACGUACAAUCCUACCCAUUCCCCAGAUCACAAAACCAGGACUACAUGCAUACAUCCACUGCCCUCGCAUCCUCUGUCUUCCAGCAAAUGACACCCGUGAAUGCCUACCCCACACCUCCGCCCCAGUCCAGCCGCCCGCUAAAACCACCACCGGUCAACAGCCUCAUGUACGCGCUCGGUGGCGGCCCUCCUGGCCCCAAUCGCUACACCCAACCCCCGGUCCCGGCAGAGCCCAUGCAGUCACCCCAGUUCUUCGACGACUUUCUUGCUGCGAAAAGCCGCCAACUCAAUGUCAACCGCGCCCCUGCUACCGCCCAAACGCCCAACCAGGGCGUGGCAAACGGCACUCCGCGACAUGCGCGCAUGUCGUUGCCAUCCCUCUUGAACGACAGUCCAGACCCUCUUGCUUUGACUGUCUCGCCAUCCCAGACGACUACCAAGCGCAAAUCACUAUUCCAGCUCGAAAGUCCGAGCGUCAAGCGUGUCUCGAGCUCCCAAUCUCUUCGCGAACAGGUGCCGUCGACACCAACCUCCCAACGUACUGCAAAGUCGCGGAUGCAAUCACAAGCAGAGCCUUCUGGUCUUCCUAUGGCAUCCGUCUCAGCUCUGCCAGCGACGCCGCAAGUACCCGUCACUCCAAAGAAGAGCAAACAUAACGAGGCCCUCACCGCCCACUUGCUCAAGUCCGGUUCCAGCGUCAUGGACUGCGUCGAAAUCCAGCGCCCCGCCUGGCUUACCCCGCAAUCGAAACACCGCAUACAAGCCCUCAACACCGGGAAGGGCAAGGGAAAGAGCAAGCUUGAUACCCGUUCCGACUCCCCCGACCCCCUCGACGACUAUGCGCCCGUCGAGCAGCUCAGCCCGACGCGCACGAAGCUCUUCAACGCCAACGUCGACACCAGCCCUCGCAAGACCGGCGACCGCGACUCGCGCGCGCCGCUCGAGAAGUUCACUGCCCUCCUCGAGGACGUCUUCGAGGCCGAGGACGCGCUCCCCGCCGACUUUGCGCCGCCCACAUCCUCCCCGUCGCACCACGCCUCUUCCCCCAACCACAUCUCAUCCGACUACCCCAGCCACAUCUUCGCGUCCUACGUCCCACCCGGCGAGUCACGGCACCCCGCACUCAGCUACCACUUCAUGCAUGGCAAGCUGUCCAAGGCGAUCGUCAGCGUAGCGCGACCGCGCAAGUCGGUGCGCGCGGGCGAGAGCCCCGUGAAGCGCGCCGGGGGCCGCAUCGGGGACAUCGACAUGCAGAUGCUCGGGCGACUGCUGCGAAUACUCCUAAGGAGCGUGCGGAUGGGCGAGGAGUUGGAUCCGUUCGGGCAGGCUGCUGGUCGCACGGGCACUGCUGAGCCCAAGUCGCCAAGCAAGAAGACGCUAGGGAAACGGCGGGCGGAGCCGGACGCGGACGGAAUGGAUGUUGACGAGGAGGAUGCGGACGAGGAGACGCCGGAGGUCGUAGCAAUGGCCUCAGACGAGGAACUGGACCGGCUGCUCUCAUCGCUUGAGCUGGCAAGGGACUCAGUGGAGGCUGCCGAUUGUGCACUGGCGCUGCUUGCCAGUGAUAGGCUUCCCAAGCAAAUGUACUCUGAAGAACUGAUUACGACUUGUCUCGAGACUAUCAAGAAUCACCUCACCAAGAUCAUAUACCCUUUCAUAGAGGCCAUCGCCACAGACCGCAUCGCCGAAGUCUACACCUCCAUCUCUGCCUCCAUCCCGCGCAUCAACACGCUCCUCACCACCGCCAGCCUCGCCAUGAGCGACAAGGUCAUCAUCCAGACCGCCUACCUUGCCGUUGAACCCUUUUUCGUCGCCGACAGCAGCACGGACGGCAAGUCCACCGCCCGUGAAGCCAAGACGCCUCGAAAGGCUGGCAAGGGCAAAGCAAAGGAGGACGACCCCAUGAGAAGCUUCGGCCCGAGCUCGAUGAAGGGGCUGAGGUUGGAGGCGCUGACUCUGUUGCGGACGGUGUUCGCGAUCCGACAGGAUCAGAGGCAUUGGAUCAUUGAGGAGAUCUUGACGUCGCUGACAAGGUUGUCGGAUACGAAGCAGAAGGCGGGGCAGUUCCGCCUUCGCGACGGUCGCUCCAUACGGACCGUAUCCGCUUUGCUGCUGCAGCUCAUCCAGACAUCGUCACAUGAUGUUGCCGUCAAAGCUCGUAAUAUCGAGCACCGGCGGAAGGAGAUGAAUGCGCUGAAGCGUCAAGAGAGUAUCUCGGAGAGCCAAAUGGGAUUGCAGGGGCAGCCUCCACCCUUCCUGGACGAGUUUGACAAGGAAGAAUUGCAGCUGUACGGCAACGGCCUCCAGAGCACGUACUCAGCCACGCAGACCAUCAUUAGGUUCUUGAUCGGGCGGAUUGGUGCAAAUAAGGCCACGAAGAACUCCAACGAGGCUGAGUAUAGGAACAUCUUCGACACGCUCAUCUCCGACGCGCUCGCAGUCCUUUACCUGCCAGAAUGGCCAGCUGCAAGCGUUCUACUAAGCACAGCCGCUAAGCACCUGCUGCGUCUAUUUGACGAUAGCAACUCGUCGGCUGAAGCGACCAGCGCUCCCGCGAAGGCCAUUGCAUUGGAUCACCUCGGCACAAUCGCAACUCGUAUCCGCACAGUCGAGUUGAAAGUGCGGUCGCAAGUGCAAGAGUCGGACUCGUCGUACCUUGGUGUCAAGAGAUUGAGCGAGCUAGUCAAAUCCACCGACAAGAAGGGUGUGGACGUCCUGCUUCAGGCUCAUGUGGAUGUAGCGGCGCACCUCAGCAAACGAUCGUCGGAUGACCAGGCGUACGAUAGCGCGCGAGAACUCACUGCGACGACCUUAGGCGAGGAGGUUGCGGCCUGCCUGAACUCCAUAGUACCUGCGAUCGAUCAUCCGGACCAGAAUGACCAUCUUGACGUCCAUGGUCUGCGAGUCGUCGGCAACAAGCUGAAGUCCGCCAUGCGCUCGCUAUGGCAGGAGCAGACGUCAGAUGUCUUCGACAUCGGGAUGCAAGACGAGGCCACUCAAAUCGAUCGACUCGCCGAGGAAAUCGGGACAAUCCAGCACUUGCCAAAGUCCUUCCAACCCAUCUUGAACGUCGUCCUCAAGGCCCUGAAUGCGACAGCAACUACUGUACGCACGAAGGCUUUGCGAGCCCUGGCCCAGAUCAUCUCAAGCGAUCCGAGCAUUCUCUCCUUGGACGACGUCCGCCGAGCUAUUGAGGGUCAUCUUCUCGACAGCUCACCCUCUGUCCGCGACGCCGCCGUCGAGCUCAUCGGCAAGUACAUGGUCGAGUCGCCCGAGGUGGCUGGCAAGUACUACGCCAAGAUUGCCGACCGCAUCGCGGACACCGGUCUCGGCGUCCGGAAGCGCGUCAUCAAGCUAUUGAAGGCCUUUUACCAGGUUACAGACGAUCAAGAGAAGCGUAGCGACAUCGCAAAGCGCAUUGUUCUACGACAACUCGACGAGGAUGACACAGUCAAGGACCUAGCUAUCAAAACUAUUGAGGAUCUCUGGUUCGCCGCGCCGUCCCCCGUGCCUUCGUCUCGCGGAAGAAAGGGCAAGGACGCGGGCGAGGACAGGGCACCCUUGCUGUCGAAGGUCGCAGUCAUCAUGUCUGUGGCGGGCCAGUUCCACGACCGUCAGUCUCCUUUGGAAGAAGUCCUACACAAGAUCGCGUCAGAGCGAGAAUCGGGCGAUGGGCAAUUCUUCAGGGAGAAAUACCUCGAAGUCUGUCAUACGCUCAUUGAUGGCUUGGUCGACAACUCGGACUUGCCCGGCUUUACGGUCUUGAACUGCGUGAAGACGAUCUACCUUUUCACCUCCGCCUGUCCUACCAUCCUGACAGCGGAUAACGGGGCGACGCUAUUGCCUUACCUCAAGAACGCGACUGGUGCAGAGGAGUAUGCGAUAUCCGAACACGUCCUCAAGAUCCUUCGCGCGUCUGUGCCGCACAUGCCCAAGACGGCGGUCAAGUUCGGUCAGGACCUGCAAGCAACGCUACAGCCGAUGGUCAUCAAGCCGAACAUGCGCAACCUCAACACGCUGCAGGAGACCAUCGCUUGUAUUUGUGCUGUCGUCAAGCACCUCACGCACGACUAUGGCCGUUUGGUCAACCUUCUGAAGUCGUGCCACAACCGACUGCAAAGUGUGCUCAAGGCUGGCGGCGCGAUUACGGACAAACAGGUCAUCCCGCAGACUGUUCUCAUCUUGAUUGUAUCUCUCCUGGCCGAACACUGCAAUUUUGACGCCCUGCGUAUCGAGCACCCCGAAGCAACAUGGGUCGCUGACCUUGACUCAGUCGCACAGGACUCCGUUACAGAUCGUGUGUACACUCUGCUUCUGCAGCUCUACGAACGCAACGAGAAUGUAUCCUUCCGCGGACGAGUUCUCCAGUGCUUGGGCUUCCUGUUCCGUGCUUAUCCUACGUUGAUGUCGACGCAAGACUCCGCCGUGAUCAUGGACAAGGUCUUCAGCGGCGACGAUGAGGAGGCUCGGGCGCGGAUACUUCGAAUCAUGCAAGAGUUCUUACAGUCCCAAGAGCAGAAGCAUGCGAUGCAGGAGAGGGAAUCGCAGAAGGCGGGCGGCGCUUCUGAUGUUAACAUGGACGAGCUCGUGGGUAACACCGAUGGGUUCGCCGACUCUGGGUACGUGAGAUCCAUCGUAUAUCACUGCACCGAUGCUCAUAAGGCACGCAGGGUUGCUUCGGCUGUCGUUCAACGAUAUCUCGACCACGUGUUGACCGCUGCCUUGUCUCAGAACCCGGUCAUCCAGUCUCCCGCCAUCGACGUGCUGAGCUUUACUGUGAAGCAAGGUCUCGCUCAUCCACUGCAGUCCUUCCCGGUGAUUGUCGCGCUAGAGACCAGUCCGAACCCGACCGUCGCCAACCGUGCGAGCGCACUGCAUGCUAUCCUACAUAGCAAGCAUGCCUCGCUUGUGAACGGUCGCUACGUGCAGAGCGCACGAGCGUCCUAUGACUAUCAGCGGCGAGUGUGCCAGGACGGUGUAAAGGGGUACCGCUUGCAACCGACCGCGACUGCUGUAUUCCAAAGGUGGUACUCGCUCGUGCGUGAGAAGCGGGCACCUCGACAAGACUUCCUUCGCGCCCUCGUCAAGGUCUUCCCCGACGGGUCCACGCUCUCAGCCACUCAGGAUGAGGUAGACUUCUCACGCUACAUGGCGGAGAACUUCGCCGCGCUCGAUUACAAAACGCAGGAGGAAGUUUUGACCGUCAUUAAAGCGCUCACAAACAUCCUCGCUACAACGGGUACCCAGGUAUUGGAAGCGCUGUCGCCUUCACACCUGCUAAGCCACAUUCGACCGGCGGAUGCAAUGGAAGUGGACGCCGAGGGCUCGGAGGUGGCGCCAACUGCGGACGACUGCCUCCCCCAACGACGCUUGUCAGUCAUCAUCGCGAUGAUCAUGUUGCUCAAGGCGCAUCUCAAGGCCCUCUAUGGACUAUCCGAAGACAAGUGCUCCAAGUUCGUCGUCGGCAAGAAAAGCGCUAUUGGUGACAAGGGUGUGACGAGGAAGCACGGGCGGCCGAUCUCUUGGGACAGGCUACCAUAUGCGACGCAGCCUCUCCUGAAUAUGGAGGACGCCGAGCGACAAAAGGCAACAUUCAUCGAGAUUUGGAACGAAGACGGCGUAACGGCCGAGCCCGACGACGAUUUCGCUUAA